AGAAUAUGCCAAUGAUUCUGGUUCAGCAAUCAGCUUUUCACUCUCUUCAAAAUUGUGCAAAGAGAAAGGUUGGGUUUUUCAACAUUCUGACUGUGACCUGAAAGACCUAGAAUGGAAAGUACCAUAUGUCAGGGCAGUGGAAAGAUUACAAAAGGCUGAGUUGCAGAUCUCUGAGCAGCGGUCCAAGAUGAAAGAAUCAGGAUUUGACAAGACUCUUAUUCUUCGUCAUUAUGGUGAUGGCAGGAAAGAAGCCUUACCAAAAUACGUCAAAGGCUAUAGGAAUAAGAAAGACUCCUCUCAGGUCUUGUAUGAAAAACCUCGGUUACCAGUGAUCAAGCAGACUGAACCAGGCAUUAAAAAGCUGCACUAUCAAUUGAUUGAUGGAUCAUCUUUGAUUUAUUAUCCCUCUGGGAACAUAGCAGUCUGCCAGAGUUACUCUGAUGUUCCCGGUGGUGGCUUAUACACCAACAUAUUCAGUGAUUUUCCUGAUUCUGCUUUGCUUGGAACAUUUACUCCUUCUGGAAAUGGCAGUGUUUGCAUUCCAAACAGCAGCAACAUAGUACUGAUAUAUAAUCAGAAAGGAGGCAUGGUGACUAAUAAAGAUGGACAAAUAUUACGUAAGUGGAAAUGGCCUGGAGCAGGAAAACUUGAUGACCCAGUUAUUAUACAGGUAAACAAGUACAUCACUGUGAGGAUUGCAGGACGCUUUGCUGUUUCUUUGAUUUACAAGUGGCAGCAUGAAAGCGUACGCUUGUCUUUGUCAACCUCACAAGGCGUGGCUGUUCCACAGUUAGAAAGUCUGGACCAGAUCUUCACAGAAGCUAAGGUGACAUCUACAUUGGCCAAAGGGUUUACUAAAACACACAGCAAAAAGGAGGAGGAAAUAAAUACAUCUCUGAAAAAAAGAGUGAAUUUAUCAAAGGACACUAAGAUUUCUGGAAUUCCAGAAGAGAAUUUAAGCUGUGACUUCAAUGUUAUGACAGAAUUAAAAAAGCUGAGGCAGAAAAUAAAGAAUAUCCUGGAACAGUGGAUGGAAUAUUACCGGAUAGCAUUUGGAAUCAGCUUACCACAUCUACACAAAAGCUCAACUUUCCCUCAGAGGGGUGGCAAAAAAUGCAAAACACAACCUGCCUGUGCUUUCCUGGGGAAGAACAAAGGCUACGAGGCUGCUUUGUCACACAAUCUUCCUCCUUUCUACUCUGCUACUCGCACCGGCUUAACACAAGACAUGCCAUCUGAGUCUUCCAGAGCUCCUCAUUUACUGAGCAGCAGUUCAGAAAUAAAGCAGGUAGACACUGCUCAUAACAAAAAGUUUUCGCCAAAGCUUCCAAAAACAAGGUCUUCCAUGGCACAGUCUUUAGCCCACACCGCCUGCCCCGUGGUCCUUCAAAGAAACAUGCUGGGAGAGGAAGCCAAGAUAUGUAGGUGCAGCAACCAUCAGAUUCCAUCUGUGACCGACCUGGAGUAUGACCACCUGAUUAACAACCAGGCAUCUUCUCCAGAGCAAAUCACUGUGGUCUGGGUGACGGCAUCGCUGGGAGCAGCAAAUUAUGACCCUCGGAUGGAUGAGCACCUUGAGCAGCUCUAUGAGAGGAAGAACAAGAACAGGAGUAUGCCUUGCACCCAGGGUCGCCUGGACUCUUUUCGCCUGCUCAAAUACGAUAUCAGCUCAGCAGAUGAGUUUACAGGACACUGUGGUUCAUUAUUAGUGAAAAGGCAUAAUAUUGCUCCUGGCAUGGUUUUGAUGUAUAUUCAAGGAAAGCUACUCUUUGCCAACUAUAUUUUCAAUGGAUACAGCAAAUCAGCAAAAGACCUACAAAAACAAAUUGCCAUAACCAGGAGCAGCUAUAACAGGGGCUGUUAUUUACCUACUGAUUAUAGAUUCAGUCUGCAGAGUUAUCCUGAAUACACUGAAGCAACCAUUUCAGAUGAUGUUUCAAGAUGCAUUUGUUAUGCCAUGGACAGGAAAGAAAGUUCCUGUGAUUUUGAACUAUUCAACUUAUACAGGGAAGCUGCAUGCACUGGAAUACACAAGCAUUCAAAUUGAGAAGCCCAGUUUCAGUCUCUGACUACCAUGGACAUCUUUUCAGGCCACAGUGGAUCUCUGAUGUACUAAUAACAUUCAUUGUCUGCAAACCUAUCAUAAAACAUAAGGUGAUAAUUGUAUUGGACAGAAAAUCUUAAGUAGUAAAUAUGAAGUAAGGGGGAUAUAGGAGGAAGAUUUUGGAGAAAAUACUUCAGCAGGCUUUCUUUACUGAGGAAGAAAAAAGGUAUUGGGGGGACAAUUUUAAGAAACUAUCACCUUCUGAGUUAUAGUAUCGUACCCUCCACAAAAAAGAAGAAGAAAAAGCAAAGUGUUCCCCAUCGCACUUCAAGCACUCUCUGGGCUACA